AUGAACCUGUGCAUCACCAACUCGUACGGCACGCUGAGGCCCGCUAAUGAUCUUGUUGGGGGUUGCCAGCAGGGCGAGGGCCUCAUCACGGACCCCGAGCCCCCGACCAGUUGCAACACAUGCAUGUGCAGGACUGGCAAUGGGCAGGAAGAGGAAUCGAGCUCGUUGAAUCUGAAUCCGUUCGUCGAGAACCUUGACGGGUACCUGUGGUGCUUCGGCCAUCGCAGCGAACAAUUAUAG